AUGCAUCGCGCAAAAUGCGACUUACCAAUUGAUCCAGAAAUUGAUGCAAAAUCAAAAGAAGACAAUCUUACAGCACUGAUGAUAGCUGCCCGGAAUGGAAAUUAUGAUUUAUCAAAAACAUUACUAAUUAAUGGUGCCAAUCCAAAUAUUACAAACAAAUCAGGAAGUACAGCAAUUUUAUAUCCAAUUGCAAAAUCACUUACUGAUUUAACAGAUCUAUUUCUUUUGUAUAAUCCUGAUUUGACAAUUGUUAAUGAUAAAGGAAAAGAUGCUUUUUCAUUAGCAAUAGAAAAGAACAACAAAUACAUCAUUUCAUUAGUUGUUCACUACUUGAUUCGAAGUACAAAAUUUUCUCAAAACAAAUAUUUCCUUCAUGAAGAAUAUCAAUCAUACUUUAAUUCAUUGAUUUCAUUCUUAAGAAGUCAAUCAACAAAUGAGAAAUUACUGUUGUUAGAAAUCACCAUUAAUAAUGGUGAUGAAGAAUAUAUCAAAUUCUUUAUGAAGUUCUUGACUGAUGUAAAUCAAGAUCAUAUCAUCGACUUAUCAAGACAUAUAAUAAAUGUUUUGGAAACCAAAAAUACGGACAUUGUCAAAACACUUGUUAAAAUCGGAUUUGACUUCAACAAAUUAUUCAUUCCGAGAUUUAAAGAAUACAGUAAUUUCAAACUUUUCAUUAAGAUAAUGAAUGACGGCGUUUCAUUUGAAAAUGAGACAAUAUGUGAUAUGAUUCAUCAUUACAAAUCGCCAGAGUUUUUGUCAGAAGUCAUCAACAUUAUAGAUUCUGACAAUUUUGCAUCAUAUUUAUUAGAAGCCAAACAAGACUAUGAAAUUAUCAAACAAAUCUAUAAUUUGAAAGGAAUUCAAUUAACAAAACUUCUUUCUAUUUCAAGUUUAAAGCAACUGAGUUCUUCAGGUAGGAUGUUAUUAGUUAAUCUGAUUGAUAAAUGCAAUAUAUCUCCUAAUGAUAUCAUAAAUUCACUCAAGGAAAUCGAAAAUGCAGAUCCAUAUAUUGAUUUUAUUAGAUAUCACUACAAAAUUGCUGAAAAUGAUCUCUUUCAAGAGCUGGAGCUAAAUUCUAUUGAUCUAACUCCUUUAGAAUUAGCAAUUUUGUCUAAUAAUUAUGAAAUGACAAAAUAUUUGUUAGAUCAUGGAAAACAAGUAACAUCGAAUGAAUUUUCAUUGUCGAAAUCAAAAGAGAUAACAAAAUUACUCAUCUUGUAUAAACCAAGAUUAGAUGAUGGAUCCAUCAUAAAUCAAUUAUAUGAGAAUCAAGACAUCGAAUCAAUUCAAUUCCUUUAUUCAGAAAAUCCGAACAUGAAUCCAUUUUUAUUAUUCUCUAAAUCGAUUGAUGACAACAAUAUCACAUUCCUUCAUGAAAUCAUCAAACUUCAUUUCGACAUCAAUUGCAGAAACAUCAGAAACGAAACACCACUUCAUUAUUCAGUCCUUCAUAAUAAUUCGCGUGCUGUCGAAGUUCUCUUGCAUAAUAGUGCUAAUCCAAAUCUUUGUGAUUUCUCCGGUAACACAGUUUUGAAUCUAUGUUCCAUCAAUAAAGAAAUAUCGAUCGAAAUCACGCAACUCAUUCUUCAAUAUUAUCCUAAUCCGAACAUUGCCAAUCUUUUUGGAAAUACGGUUUUACAUUCAUGUGCAUUAUCAGAUAAUGUAGAUGUAUAUGAUCUUGUGACUGGAAGGUAUCCAUUUAUUGAUUUGUAUCAAAUGAAUUUCAAUCAAGCCACACCAAUGGCAUUAGCUAAAUCAGUAGGAUCAAUUGGAAUGAUGAAGAUGUUUAAUGCACCAGAUGAAAUUAUAAAUGGCCACGAAGAUUAUGGUCCAAAACCACUUUUUCAAGCUGAUAUUUCAAAAUUUAUCACAAUGAGGGCUUUUGGAUACUUUAAAUUUUAUUUAGAAAACCAUAAAAAUGUAAAUGUUGAUAAAAAGAAUGGAAUGGGUGAAACUCCAUUAUAUGUUGCAGCAUCAGCUGAUAAUUCAUAUAGAUUUAUUGAUUUGCUUGGAAAAUAUGGAGCUGAUCCUAAUAUCGAAUGUGGUGGAAAAACACCGCUUCGCCUUGCGAUCGAAAAUAGAUUCUAUGGAAAUUAUGAAGCAUUAAUUCGAAAUUCAAGAUUGAACAUAAAUAAACAAUUCGAAAGAGGAAUCAACCAUUUUCAGAUUGCUAUCAGAUGUAAUUGUCUUCCAGUUUUGUAUCUUUUGUAUGAUAAGAAAUUCGACAUUGAAAUGAAGACGAAAAAAAGGUAA